AUGUCUGGAAACGACAACCCGGGAAACUUUGCCAACCGACCCAAGGAAGAGGUUCAAGAAAUAGCUUCCAAAGGUGGCCAGGCCAGCCACAAUAGCGGCUUCGCCAGCAUGGACCCCGACAAGCAGCGUGAAAUCGCAUCCAAGGGCGGAAAAGCCUCGAGCGGUUCUUUUGAGCCGGGCAGCGAGCGGGCUCGGGAGGCUGGUCGGAAGGGUGGCUCUCAGUCCUAA